AACCUUAAAGUCUAGACUUUAAUAAGGUCCAGACUUUAACGUAAUGGCAACGCCAUUCAAAUAGCAUUACGUUAAAGUCUGGACUUUAUUAAAGUCUAGACUAAGUUUUGUAAGCACGGGCCCAACUAUCAAAGUAAACCAUAGUAUGAUAGUUAUUUCUUGUAGAUCUGGGCCUCUGCUUAUAAAUUUAAUUUAAAAGUUAUAAAACUUUUAGAUUUCAGACUCAACGUCUAAUGACGUCACACUCAUACAAUUUGUAUGGCGUUGUCAUAACAUUAGUGUCUCAAACUCUAUUAGAGUCUUGGGUCUAGACUUUAAUUUAGUUUAAAAGUUUUAUAAGCACAUAUUUUUUUACUGUAUUGUAUUUUUAUUUUAAAAUUAUUAUUAAAUAUUAUAUUGUCAUCUAUUUCUAGAGAUACCUUUAAAUUUUCCAAGUUUCGUCACGGGACGUAAAGUCUAUAUCUUUUAGCUAUGACGUUUUAUUUUACCACUGCCAUUGAACUGUCCAAUUGCAAUUGACCUUUUUAAAAGUGUUCGGCAGGCCCCAAUGUUUUGAUAUUUCCAAGGUGUCGUUGCUAAAUAAGCGCUGCAUAAUUUACCUCGAGUGUCGCUGUUACGGCAACAACAAAGCAAUCAAUACGUACACACAUUUAAACAAAUCGCGAGCUAAAUUGGUUUUUAUAGGUCACAACGUGCAGAUCAUAUACGCCUAACAUGGAAGAAUAAGUUUUGGUGAUCGACUUGUCGUAUUGACCAUUGAGUAAUCGCCGGUAAGAUCAAACAUGGCGGACACCAAAACAUUGACAUGUGCUACUCGGCAGUCGUCUGCGACAGAGGAAGAACAGAGCGGUGAAAAUAGUGCAGUGGCGUUCACAGUUGACUGGGGAGCAGAAAAAUGCAACAGAGAGAAAGAAAAUCUGCAGGAAUGUUUCUUGAAGUUUAAAAGGGAACGACAGAGAGAGGUUCGGGAGAUGAAACGAAUGAAACGGCGUGAGAAAAAGGCAAGACGCGAUCCAGCUCGUAUGCAAAUUCUCCGUGAGAAGUUUGUCAAUCAGGUCAAGAAAUACUUCGGAGUUCCUUAUGCCAGGAAAUACUGGUCUAAAGACUCUCCAGAGUACAAUUCUCCCCUGUUCCUCGACUGCUGUGCUCUGGUUAGGAAAGCUGUACGCGACCUGGCGGAGGAGUUUGGAUUUUAUCUCGGUGCAUGGAACCAGGCCUACCAGUAUGACACACUGCCUAUCACAAUCCACCGAGAGGAGGACAUGCAGCCUGGGGAUCUCGUCUUCAUGUCAGGAAUCUACCAGAAUCCGAAAAGUAAGAAACAACGACACAAUAUGACUCACGUAGAGAUUUGGCUUGGUGAGGGGAAGAAGGUGAUUGGUUCUCGAUGGAACAACGGCAAAGUUCAGAUCUUUGACAGUUACAGAUUUGAAGCGAAGAGUUUCCACAGUGAACAGUACCAUUUCAAGUCCAUUGAUACCUGGCUGAUGGGGAUCUGCAAGAGCUAUUGUCCUAAACAUUCUUGGAAGAAGUAUAAACACCUGCCUGGUCGGAAAUCUGUCUUCAGUCUGGAUGAUGAUGAAGACUUUAUUAAUGCAGACCCAGACGAUUUGCCACUUGGUGAACCUGACGAGAUACAGAAUUCUAUAACAUCAUUAGAUGAUGGUACACAACAUUCCACAUCAUCAUCACUUCCUGGGGGUUCUGGUAGUAUUCGCGGUCAAAAAGAUGAAGAGGUUAUUAAUACAAAUCUAGAAGAUUCAUCAGUCAGUGAGCCUGACGAGAUACAAAAUUCUUUAACAUUAGAUGAUGGUAUACAACUUCCCACAUCAUUGUCAUCACUUUCUGAAGGCUCUGGUAGUACUCAUGGUAACACAGAUGAAGAGGUCAUUAAUACAAGUCUAAUAGGUUUGGCAAUCAGUGAUCCUGACUUCAAAACACAGAAUUCUAUAAAAGUAUCAGAUGAUGGUAUACAACAUACCACAUCAUUGUUGACACUUCCAAAAUCUAGACCAGAAGGUUCUGGUGGCACUCAUGAUGAAACAGAUUGGGAGUUUUAUAUUAAUGCUGACCUAGAUGUUCCAGUUAAUGAGUCAGAAUUUGAGACACCAGGUUCUGGAACAGCAUCAGGUGAUGAUAUGCAAUAUUCCACAUCAUUGUCAUCAUUUCCAAAAUCUGGACCACAAGGUUCUGGUAGCACUCAUAGUCAAAACAAUGAAAAGUGGUUUACUGCUGAGCUAGCAGAUUUGACAGUCAGUCAGUCUGACCUUCAAAAGCAAGGCCUGUUGUGUUGUUCACUCAAUGAAUACUCGCGUCUUGAGUCAAGAUGGUACCGAUUUGAAGAUGAGGGAUACGAUGUUACGUUAGCAGAAAAAGAACAAAGUAAAUUCUCACCCUAUAAACAUUGUAAUCCCGAAACUGCUGACUCGGCUGAUUCGUGUCAGCAAGAUGACAGCAGUGGAAAAGCAGCUAAGCGAGGCGGGGGAGGUGCGGGUGGGAAGAAGACUCCAGGGGGGAGGAUAGCCAAGCCACUGUUUUGCAGUCUCGCCAACAACAUGAUGCCGAGUUUCUACAUUGGAGGAGGCAAUGGAGUCAGCUUGAUAGAAGCACCUCUGCUAGCACUGGGUUGGAAGCGGACCUCUGACAAGUACGACGAGAAAUUUCGUCUCAAAUGGGUCGAAUGCAAAAGCAAGAUAAACUACGCCGCAUUUAAAGAAGGUGAUCAGCUAGUGAACCACAUCUCAAACUGCCAGCUCAUCACCAACAAACUCGGCCUCCUCAACAGUCUGCAGGAGUACGAACGAGUCACCCUCUCAACCAAAGGGAGACUACCCCGGCUAAAGAUGGCAGAAUUUGUGCCAGAAACCUACCGCUUGGAUAGCACGACCGACAGGGAAGCUUUUCUUCAGGUUUAUCAAGAUGAUGAAACAUGGAUCUGUAAGCCGACAGGGAUGAAUCAAGGAAAGGGAAUCUACCUCCUCCGUACUCGCGACGAGAUCGAGAAACUUCUGUCCGAGAGAGAAGCAAAGAAAGAGCAGUGUAAACCGUCACGCCCCCUCAUGUCCCGCAUUGUUCAGAGAUACAUCCACAAUCCUCUGUUGCUUGACGAGCGUAAGUUUGACAUCCGCGCGUACAUGCUGAUCGCCAACACGACGCCCUAUCUCGUGCUUUACCACAAGGGAUACGUCCGUCUGUCCUGUUUUAAAUACAACAGAGAGGAUACCGAUCUCACAACUCAUCUGACCAAUCAGUACAUACAGAAGCGAGCGCCGCAGUACUCGGAGGUGAAGGAGGACACGGCGUGGAGCAUGGACAAGUUCAACAAGUACAUCAAUGAGAGGGUCGCCUCCGACAAGACCGUCGAGAAAGACUGGGUCUACAACUCGCUCACAAAACAAAUGCAGCGCAUAAUGUUGCACUGUUUUAACAGCGUCAAGCACAAACUACACUGCAAAGUGGGAUACUUCGACUUGUACGGCUUGGAUUUCAUGAUUGACCAAAGCAUGAAGGUUUGGUUGAUCGAAGUCAACAUUAAUCCGUGCUUGGCGACAAACUGCGAAGCUUUGAAGGAGGUUAUACCCGACAUGGUGGAAGAAACACUGCAUAUAGCAAUCGAAUGUUUUGAGAAGAGUCGCAAAUGCCAGGUUCUGAUGCCGCUGAAUUCACUAAAAACAUUUACAAUCCUGUACUGUGGUUCGAACCCGUCCGCCGUCGCACCUCGUCACACAAGAAGCGUGUCACCGGAGAGAGCGAGACCCAUACAGCAAGGGAGAUCACCCGUUCGUGUUGUUCCGAGAGGCGCCACCUCCUCGACUCAAAUUGCAACAGGCUCCCCGUACCAGGUGAAACAGGUGGACAUAUUCAUGUCUGCAAACUCACAGAAGAAACCCACCAGCGUGCCCGUGGUCAACACCAUCCAGGGUUCCGCUUCUGACAGUCGACUUCCCAGUGUUGGCAAUAUCACUGUGAGCGCAAGAACCACCGGAACAAGCGCCAGACCCGUUGGAACUUCCAGCUCUGCUCCAAACAAAAAUUCUUCGACUGUAGCAAAAUCUCAAAAUGGUAACAUCGGCUCGAUGACUUUGCCUGCUCCUGGUCGCAAAUCUGAAAUAGUUACAUCCAGUACAGUUGCAUCAUCUCGGAAAAAUGAGGGUGUUACGUCAAAUUCGGUUACAGCUGCGAAGAAGAAUGAAGGUGUGACAUCAAAUUCGGUUACAGCUGCCAAAAACACGGAAGUUGGUAAAUCAAAUUCUGUUACAUCUGCCAGAAACAUUGAAGUUGGUAAAUCAAAUUCGGUUACAUCUGCCAGAAACACUGAGGUUGGUAAAUCAAAUUCGGUUACAUCUGCCAGAAACACAGAAGUUGGUAAAUCAAAUUCGGUUACAUCUGCCAAAAACACUGACGUUGGUAAAUCAGAUUCGGUUACAUCUGCCAAAAACACUGAAGUUGGUAAAUCAGAUUCGGUUACAUCUGCCAAAAAUACUGAAGCUAGUAAAUCAGAUUUGGUUACAUCUGCCAAAAAUACUGAAGUUGGUAAAUCAGAUUCUGUUACACCUGCCAAAAACACUGAAGUUGGUAAAUCAAAUUCUGUUACAACUGCCAAAAACACUGAAGUUGGUAAAUCAGAUUUGGUUACAUCUGCCAAAAACACUCAAGGUGUUACGUCAAAUAAUGGUGUGUCUGCUAGAAAAUCGGAAGCCUCGACGACUAACGCUGAUUUGUCGGCCCGAAAAUCUGAUAGUUUUACAUCUGCUAAUGGAAACAAAAAACUUGGUGCAAGAAAUAAAUCUGACAAACUAAGUACUAAUCAGAAUAACUUAAGCAAUCAAACAAAAAGUGCCAAACUAGUUUGUAAGGAUGAUUCGACUCGAAAAGGUGUCGAUAAUGGUAGUGGUAAGUCUGAAAAUAAAUCUACUCCAAAAAGUGUUGAAACUGUUAAAAAAUCUGUAUCUGCAACAAACUUUAAGGAAAGAUCGCAGCGUGAUUGCACUGAAAACAGUGUUGAAAACAGUGAUGAAUCUUCACCCGAUUCCCCUUCACAAACUGUCAAAAACAAGGUGGAUUCCACUUCAAAUAUUGUCAAAAACAGUGAGGACAAAUCGCCACAAGAUUCGACUCGGAAAAUUGUUGACAACAGUAAGAAAUCUCUACGUGAAUCAGCUCCCAAAAAUGUCAAAAAUAAUACAAUCUCUCCAAACAACUCUGUUCCUAAAAAGGUAGAAAGUGAAGAAAAGUCGCAACACGACUUGACUGCAAAAAUUGGCGACAAGUUGCAACAAAGCCAGAAGGAAAAGAACGGCAAUUCAUCCGAGGUUGAAACUGAGCAAGAGACCGAGGACGUCGAAGAUGAAAUUAAUUUGGUUGCAGAAGAAGAAAACAAAAAUAAUUUUUUGCAGAAAAACAAAAUGAUGACAGCUUCUAGUGCAAGGGACAGUAUAUACACACUGACUCAGACUGACACUCUGCUAAGCUUGAACCCAAAUAGUGACGUUAAACUAAAAAUGACUCAUGUAAAAAAGAAAUCUCGCGAAUCAUCAGGAAAUUGAAUCUAGAUAACUAAAAAUGACUCAUAUGAAAAAGAAGACUCUUGAAUCAUCAGAAAAUUGAAGCUAGAUAACUCAAAAUGACUCACGUAAAAAAGAAAUCUCGCGAAUCAUCAGAAAAUUGAAUCUAAAUAACUAAAAAUGACUCGUGAAAAAGAAGACUUGAAUCAUCAGAAAAUUGAAGCUAGAUAACUCAAAAUGACUCAUGUGAAAAAGACAACUCUUGAAUCAACAGGAAAUUGAAACUAAAUAACUCAAAAUUACUCAUGUGAAAAAAAAACCUCUUGAAUCAUCAGAAAAUUGAAACUAAAUAACUCAAAAUGACUCAUGUGAAAAAGAAAACUCUUGAAUCAUCAGGAAAUUGAAUCUAGAUAACUCAAAAUGACUCAUGUGAAAAAAAAACCUCUUGAAUCAUCAGGAAAUUUAAUCUAGAUAACUCAGAAUAACUUAUGUGAAAAAAACACCCUCUUGAAUCAUCAGAAAAUUGAAACUAGAAAACAAAAGAGAACAAAAAAGAUGUUUAAAAAUUCAGGGCUCAUACUUUUGAAUCUUAUUUUAGCGCUAUGAUAUUGCAAAACCAUCGCAGGAUAUGAUGUCACUAUAUGGUGUGUGUAGUCUGUGAUGGUUUUAAGAUAUCGUAGCGCUAAGAUAGCUUCGAAAAAAAUCUGUCCCCAGAGGUCGUCAAAAGUUUGAUAUUCGAGAUGGGAAUGUUCUGUAAUUUUUAAAAUCAAAUUUAUGUGCUAAUGGAUAAAAAUUGUUUAACUUAACAUUUUCAGAAAACUUAGUGCUCCAAAUUGAUUUUGUUCAAUGGACUUAAGUUAAACAUAAUCCCGAGGGCACAGUAUUUCAUGUUAUAUAACAUCAGAAUAAUGCAAACGACCUAAAUCAGUCAGUAGUGAAUCGGUAUUCAUUUCGGAGAUUAAAAAGUCACAGACUUAUGCAAGGCUCAAACUGUCAGCUGUCACGCCGACGGUUUCGUUGUAAUUUCCCUCAACUCCCAAACAAUGACGGGUGCGCUCAGAUUAACAACUAAUGGGUUAUGCAAUGAGAAUCGAGUUGCUCAGGCUAGCAACUGGACAGUCGUCAUAGAAGUCGUGAGAGCAGAAAGUUGGGACAACUUUGUCGUGACAGUUGGUAGUGUGAACCUAGCUAGCAUUGGGUAUCACCAGGACUUCUUUCAUGAGUGUAUUUUAAAAUACACAUAUUCUAUACUGUUGUAGACUGAUUUUUGGACACUUGAUGCAUAGCAAAUCAGUCGACUAGUCGACUUGAAACUUGCUGGUUACAUGAAUAUAUUCAGUAGGAUUUUAAAAUAUUGUUCCCUCAGGCCAUGACAAACAGGGAUACUGGGUGCGGGGGCACAGGCUCUUCCCCACCCCCGACCCCGACCCCAACUUGAGGAUGAUUUGUUUUUGUCCUACUCUUUAUAUAAAUAUACAAAUCUGGCUUUUGACCCCCUGACUAGAGAUUGUGUGCCCCCCCCCCCCCCCCCCCCCCCCCUCGACUUGAGGAUGAAAAUAGGUUUUUGUUGUUUGGUCCUACUCUUUAUGUAAAUAAAGAUACAAAUCUGGCUACAGAUUGUGCCCACCCCACCCCAACUUGAGUAGGGCUAGCUGUAGAUUAGCAAAACAAUUCGCCAAAUUAGCUUUAAAUAUGUAAAACCACUGUUAUUUUUCAACAGAAUACCAAUUAUUACAUGAAACAUCUUCGCCAAAUCAAAAUAAAAUUUGAAUUUGGCGAGUGGCAGAGCUAGUCCUGCAACUUGAGGAUGAAAUUAAAAAAAAAAAAUUGGUCCUACUCUUUAGAUAAAUAAAGAUACAAAUCUGGCUUUAAUUGCGACUCCCUGACUAGCAGACUAGAGAUCGUGCGUUCUUGACUUGAGAUUGUACUCCCCCCACCCCCACCCCCACCCCCACCACCAUCACUUCAAAUAUUAUUCCUAUGAGACAGCUCCUGCAUCUAAAACAUGAAAUUAUUUUCGAUUUUCUGACAACUGUCGAACAUACUAUUGUCACCGAAUACACUUUUUGUUUUUAACUUCAGUUCUGUUCUUUAGUUUAUAGACGAUACAGCAUGCUACCUAUUAGGUUGGAUCUCUCAGUGUGCCAAAUGUUUGUCAUAUAUUGUUAUUUUGUUUAUAUAUAUUUUUUUAAAGUCGUAAUACUGGCAUACAUGUACAUUUAUUGCACAAUUAGUGGGCUGAAGUUACAAAGUGUGUUUGUAUCUUACACACUGUUAUCUACAUGUUACACACUGUUAUCUACAUGUGUUUACACACUGUUAUCUACAUGUAUUUACACUGUUAUCUACAUGUAUUUACACACUGUUAUCUACAUGUUACACACUGUUAUCUACAUGUGUUUACACACUGUUAUCUACAUGUAUUUACACUGUUAUCUACAUGUAUUUACACUGUUAUCUACAUGUAUUUACAUACUGUUAUCUACAUGUAUUUACACUGUUAUCUAC